AUAUACUAUUAUGACAGCCCACUUUCAUCUGAAAAGAAAAAUUGGUUAUUUUGUCAUCCAGACGUACCUUCCUUGCAUUAUGACUGUGAUCUUAUCCCAAGUGUCGUUUUGGCUAAACAGAGAAUCUGUCCCUGCUAGGACUGUCUUUGGAGUAACAACAGUCCUCACCAUGACCACCUUAAGUAUCAGUGCCCGUAACUCUUUGCCAAAAGUGGCCUAUGCUACUGCGAUGGACUGGUUUAUAGCUGUCUGCUAUGCCUUUGUAUUUUCUGCAUUGAUUGAAUUUGCAACAGUCAACUAUUUCACCAAGAGGAGUUGGGCAUGGGAUGGCAAAAAAGCCCUGGAAGCUGCUAAAAUCAAGAAAAAAGAGCGUGAAUUGCUGGGAAAUAAAUCAACUAAUACUUACAGCACUGGGAAGAUGACCCCUGCACCAAACAUGCCAAAGGACUCAGCCCCAUCUGUCAUCUCAAACACUGCGUCUGCUCCAGUGAAGUCUGCAGAAGAAAAGCCCACUGAAAGCAAAAAGACUUACAAUAGCAUCAGUAAGAUUGACAAAAUGUCUCGGAUAAUUUUUCCAGUGUUGUUUGGAACUUUUAACUUAGUUUACUGGGCCACAUAUUUGAAUAGGGAGCCUGUUAUUAAAGGUGCCAAUUCUCCAAAAUAAACUGAAGGACUCUAAAGCCACGUAUGAGCCAUACUUACAAAGCAGAUGCUACCAAGGAAAAUUUGAGAUCCAGAUGACUUUCUACAUUUGGGCAAUAUUCUUCAGGAAGUUUUUUGCAUGUUUAAUAAUAUGUACAAAUAAUAUUGCCUUGAUUGUUUCUACAUGUAACCUCAGAUGUUUCGGAGACGAUUAUAUUACUUACAGCAACAGAUCUUUAUAAAAG